AUGCACGAUAUGAAAGUUUUACAUAUAAUUCUAAAUGUAGCAUCAAAUCGUGAAGGUCUUUGUGCAUUAUCAUCAAAUAGCGAUAAUUCUUAUUUAGCCUAUCUGGGUAGAUCACUAACUGGUCAGGUACAAGUUUUUGAUACAUUAAAUCUAAAACCAGGUAUUAUUAUAAGUGCUCAUGAAAGUCCACUUGCUGCAAUGGCUUUUGAUAUGAGUGGAACAAAAUUAGCAACAACAUCAAAUAAAGUAUUUAAUUUUUUGAAAAUAUUGCUUUUAUGGACUUUUUUUAAAGGAAACGGUAAUUCGUGUUCAUAGUGUUGCUGAUGGUACACGAGUUUUUGAAUUUCGUCGAGGACUAAGACGGCAUAUAGAAACCUCUAGAGAAAAAUUGUUAAACCAAUAAAGGUACAUAUCAAUAAAAUUUAUGUGUCGGAAAGGAUUUAUGUUAAUAUAACAGAAUUUAAAAUUUUCAAUUUGCUCAAUAUUGAGCGAAUGAUGUAAAAGUUCUUGAAGUAAUGUUACUAUAUUUUUUUAUCGGUUCAGACAUCCUUUCUGACAAACCAAGAAUACAUACGGAAAAUAUACAUGGAAAACUCUUUCUAACAAUGAUGUGUUCAAGACAAAAUUCUAUCACAUCUUGUUUUUGAGUAUUGAGCAAAUUAUUCGAUUGCACUAAAAUGUUUUCUGU